AAAGAAAAUGAAAGCAGAGCGGCACUGUAGGCCCCAGAUCCCAACCACCACCUUCUCCUUCCCUCUCCCUCUCAGCCUCUCACUUGCAAAAUACUGGUACUACUUUGCUUUCCAAACAAGCACAUUCUGGUCUGCAGCAGCAAUUCCUUGGAAAGCUCAAAGCACAUCUCACACUGGCAGCAUCUUCUGAUCUCUCAACGCCCUCUCCUCUCACAUUUCCCAACAGCUGGAGAGCUUCAUAGUACCAAGGUACAAGCACAGACACCUACCUCUCUUCCUUCCAUCAUCUGGUCACAAUUUUGAGUUUUGGACCAGAAACUCAUGAAGAUCCUCUGCUCUAGUCUGCUACUAGGCAGUCUGAGAAGGAUUGGCUGAGAUAGUUGAGAUUUUACUCAGCUUGGGGCUGUUCUCUAUCCGUUCCUUCUUUUUUGGCCCUCUGGUGUUGUUAGGGUGCUUCUGUCUUCCAUGGCGGCAGUGACCUCUUCUUCUCCACCUGCACUUGCUGGCCCGCAGCCUACGUGGGUGCCCUAUGAGCCAACCAGGGAUUGCUCCCAGGGCCUGUGCAGCAUGUACUGCCCGCAGUGGUGCUACUUCAUCUUCCCGCCCCCGCCACCGGCCUUCGACAUCGCCGGCUCCGGCGGCGACGACUCCUCCAGCCCCACCUUCUCGCCCCUCGUCAUCGCCAUCAUCGGCGUGCUCGCCAGCGCCUUCCUCCUCGUCGCCUACUACACCAUCAUCUCCAAGUACUGCGGCACCUUCAGCUCCCUGCGGAACAGGGUGUUUCGUUCCGGCAGGGGCGGCGGCGGCGGCGACGGCGGCGGCGUCCAUGGCGGUUCACGGAGCCAGGAGCCGUGGAACGCCGUGCUGUCGGACGGGCUGGACGAGACGCUGAUCAACAAGAUUACGGUGUGCAAGUACAAGCGCGGCGACGGGUUCGUGGACAGCACGGACUGCUCCGUCUGCCUCGGCGAAUUCCGGGACGGCGAGAGCCUCCGGCUGCUGCCCAAGUGCAGCCACGCCUUCCACCUGUAUUGCAUCGACACGUGGCUCAAGUCGCACUCCAACUGCCCGCUCUGCCGCUGCAACAUCGCCUUCGUCACCGUGGGGGUGGUGUCGCCGGAGCCGGAGCGCCCUGCCACUCGGGAGGACCGGAGAGACAACCCCGAGCUGGUCCUGACCAUAGACGGCUACUGGGAGCAGGCGCGUGAAGAGUCGCAGAAUCAUAAUGUGGGGAGUGGCAACGGUGGUGACGGCCAGGAGGCCAAAGAUUGUCCAGGGAGGUCCGAGGAGGCCACUGGCACUGUCGAGAUCAAGGAAGACGGGGUGCUGCCCGUGAGGGCGUCGUCGUCGUUGUCAGACACGCACCGUGAAGGGCGCAUGUCCAUCGCUGACGUGCUGCAGGCCAGCCUAGAAGAUGAGCUGAUGAUGGCCCGGGAGAGCGGCCUCCUGGCAGAUUCAUCGGGGUCGUCAAGAAGGUGUCAUGGUGAGCACAGCAUGGAUAAUGGCGGCCGCAGCGGCCGGACAUUGCCGGAUGCCGCAAACCCUGUGCCGACGAAGAGAUUACCGGCGGUUGGGAGGUCGUGCUUCAGCAGCAGGAGUGGCAGGGGAAAGGAUUCAGUUCUUCCAAUGUGACGCAGUCAAUUUUCAGCGGUUCUUCUAACUAGGAUACAUGACAUGAUACUUUUGUGUAUUUGUGUGUGCGUGUUUCCGGUGUAGAUCAAGGUGCCAGAACCAAACUCUGGAGAUUCCAUCCUGUUUCAACCAAUUCUUGUGACCUGUGGUGCCACAAACUGAAGAAACCCUUCCCUCUGCCA